AUGAGUGAGCUGAAGUUACAAACAGUUAACUCUAAAUGUGGACACAAUCUCCGAGUCGAUGAAGUGAUGGCCACCGAAGACAACGACAGCCAAACGUGGCAUCAAAUCAAUCAAAUCACUCACAAAGACAUUACAAACCAUCAAAUGUUACGACAAUUCAAAGCAAUCAACACUUUGUGCCUAAAGUUACAGACUUUUCAGUCUAUUCUCAAUAAUAAUUAUAGUGUUUUGAAUGAAACGAUUGAAUGCGAAAAUAAUUUUGAUUUAGAUAUCAAUCAAACAAUUGUUUGCAAAACAUUCAAAAUCAGUGAAACAUUGCUUUCAAUGAAUGAAACCAAAAGCAGUGAUAAUUUUAGUGUAAUUAAUAAUACAAUUAAUAACAAUAAUUAUUUCCGCUGUUUUUGGCCUAAUUGUCACUUCAAGACUAAAUUUAACGUCAAUUUAAAUAGACAUCAAUUAAUUCAUUCAAAUAUAAAACCAUUUAAAUGUGAUUUUAACGAUUGUAAUAAAAGUUAUAAUCACCAAUCACUAUUAAUUAAUCACAAAAAUAACGUUCAUUUAAAUAAAAGAUUUAAAUGUGAUUUCAAUGAUUGUAACAAAUAUUUUACACAAAAAUCACAUGUAAUUAAACACAAAAGUAGUGUUCAUUUGAAUGAAAAGCAAUUCAAAUGUGAUGUAGAAAAUUGUGACAAAAGUUAUACUGAGAAACGCAAUCUAAUGCGGCAUAAAUGCCUGCAUUCGGGAGAAAUGCCAUUUAUAUGUUUUUAUAAUAAUUGUAAUAAAGGUUUCAAAACAAAAUCAGAAUUAGUUAAGCAUAAAAAUAGCGUUCAUUUCAUAAAGAGAUUUAAAUGUGAUUUCAAUGUUUGCAAUAAAAGUUUUGCAACAAAUCAACGAUUAAAUGAACACAAAAAUUGUGUUCAUUUGAUUGAAAAACGAUUCAAAUGUAAUGUAGAAAAUUGUGGCAAAAGUUUUGGUCUGAAAUCAUUUCUAAAUCAACACAAACGCAGACAUUCGGGAGAAAAGCCAUUUAAAUGUGGUUUCAAUGAAUGUAAUAAAUGUUUUGUACAAAAACACGAAUUACUUAUUCACCAAAAUUGUGUUCACUUAAAACAAAAGCCAUUUAAAUGUAUUGAAGAAAAUUGUGGACAAAGUUUUGGUCUCAAAUCACGUCUAAAUCUACACAAACUGACGCAUUCCGGAGAAAAACCAUUUAAAUGUGAUUUCAAUGUUUGCAACAAAAACAAAGAGAUGGCAUACGAAUUGGACGAAGAGUACAGAAACAGACUGAUAGAGCACACGGCCAGAGGAACAGACAUUGAACCACAUCCGGCACCCUAUGGCCACAUCUCAGGUCAACCGAUUCAGGGACCGCCGCAUUGGCCGCAGAUAUGGCCCACAUAUGCGGACACCGGUGUCGCACACCAACGCUAUACCAGUGUUCACGACCCGUUGACAGCCGAAGACUUGGCAUACCUUCAGACGGCACACGUCGGGUCCGUCGGUGCCAUCAAAUUUGACAAAAUAUUAGGCGCCGGCUGUUUCGCCAACGUAUGGCAAGUGGAGGCACACAACGGGUGGGGCCGCACCCGACACAUGGCUUGCAAGGAACCACACGAAUCAAUGUCUUCUAUAUCUUCGAUAUCCUCAAUGUCUUCAGAGGGGUCUCAAGAGGGCAUUGAAGGCAUUGAAGACACUGUCAAGCAGUUGAUGGGAGACAUGUUUAUCCAUCAGUGCCUCCCUUUCCACUCCAAUAUAGUAGAGUGUGUGGACAUUGUUGGCAUACCUGACCCGCAAACAGGGUUUCCCUAUUCGGUGGUCUGUGUGUUCACUGAGCUGUGCGACGGUGUACUGCUCCGGGACGGCGAUAACAGCGCUAUGUCUGAGGCGCAUGUGCUCGAGUGGGUGCGUCAGAUCGCCGGUGCCGUCCGGUUUCUGCACGUGGACCAGCGUAUGGUUCACGUGGACAUCAAACCGGGCAAUAUUCUGUACAACUGUCGGCCGACAAACGGCACCGCACUUACAAACUGUGCGAUUUUGUUCCCGGUCGGCGUUGAGAUGCGAUUCCCGGCCGACUGUCCUCGAGGUGACGACCCGUACGCCGCGCCCGAGUUGGGUCUCGACUCGUGUUGGGCCGCGCCGUGCGAUAUGUGGUCGUUGGCCGCGUCGGUGGCCCACUGUUUGCUCGGCUUUCAGACAUUUAUACGGCUCAACAAAAUGAGACUUUUGCAGCUGUUCCAAGCGGUGGCCCGCAAUAGGCCGGUGCCACUCGCGCACCCCAUUAGCGCAGGUGUGGCCAAACUGGUCGCUGAUAUGAUGGCAAGAGAUCCGAACCAACGGCCAGCCAUUGGACAGUUUCCAUUACAUCGAGAAAUGGCCCACGAGUUGAACGAAGAGUACCGGAAGAGACUGAUAGAGCACACGGCCAGAGGAGCAGGCAUUGAACCACAUCCGGCACCCUAUGGCACAGACCUGGGAUGGGAUCCCAUGACAUACAACUACAGACAGAGGCGACCAAAGCCCGGGGAACCACCGAUCGAGAGACCAAUACAGGGACCGCCGCAUUGGACACAGAUAUGGCCCACAUAUGCGGACACCGGUGUCGCACACCAGCGCUAUACCAGUGUUGCCGACCCGUUGACAGCCGAAGACUUGGCAUAUCUUCAGACGGCACACGUCGGGUCUGUCGGUGCCAUCAAAUUUGACAAGUUGUUGGGCUCGGGUACGUACGGCGCCGUUUGGCAGGUGGAGAGUUACAACGGGUGGGGCCGCACACGACAGAUGGCCUGCAAAGUGUUUUUCUUUCAGGACCUCCAGAACUGGCAAAUUGAGGAAAAUGUCGCGGCAUUUAUGACCGACAUGUUUAUCCUUCAGUCCCUCCCCUCCCACGACAACAUUGUUGAUACGGUGGACAUCGUAGGCAUACCCGACGCGCAGACAGGGUUUCCCUAUUCAGUGGUCUGUCUGUUCACUGAACUGUGCGACGGAGACCUGCAGAGCAUAAUCGUGGAACCGCUCAAUCAGAAUGGUAUGCCUGAGGCACAGGUACUCGAGUGGGUGCGAGACAUCGCCAGCGCUCUCCGGUUCCUACACGUGGACAACCGUAUGGUUCACAUCGAUGUCAAACCCGACAAUAUUCUGUACACAGCGUCGGUCGCCGGUCGGCGCCGGACAUACAAACUGUGCGAUUUUGGUUUCGGCGUUCAGUUCCCGAUCGACACAGUUAUGGAGUUCCCGAAAGGCGCUCACACCGGGACUCACACUCACGCCUCCCCAGAGCUGGGCGUUCGCCAGUGUUUGGCCACCCCUUGCGAUGUGUACUCAUUGGGCGCGACUGUGGCCAACGCUUUGCUCGGCUCUAAUACAUUCUCAUCGCUGGACAAACCGAAGUGCCUAAAACUGUUUCAGGCGUUGGCCCGCAGUAUACCCGUGCGGCUCAAGAACCCCAUCAGCGUAGGUGUGGCCAAACUGGUUGAGACUCUGUUGGCCACUGACCCGACCCAACGGCCAGCCAUUGGACAGUUUCAUAUGAUUUGUUUGAUACGUCAAGAGAUGGAUCACGAGUUGAAUCCAGAGUACAGAAAGAGACUCAUUGAACACACGGCCAGAGAUGUAGCCAUUGAACCACAUGCGGCCCCAUAUGGCACAGCCUUGGGAUGGGAUCCCAUGACAUACAAAGACAAGAAGGGGAGACCAAAGCUCAAAGAAGCACCGAUGGAGAGACCAAUACAGGGACCGCCGCAUUGGACACAGAUAUGGCCCACAUAUGCGGACACCGGUUUAAUGUGGACACAUACUAUAAUAUGA